AUGCCGGCAAUGACGCCCAUGAAGACGAAAGUGUUGGCCUUCCAGUUCGAGGGCUGCGCGUACCAACCACCGGCUGGGGACCAGACGUGCUUGGGGUAUCUGAGACGGAGGACGAUCGCAUUAGCAACAGCACGAUGCCAGUCCACAGAGGCCAUCCAGAUCGAAAGUACAGGCACCACUUCCGUACCUGAAGCGGCCCUCCCUCAGUCUUUACCUUCGCCACAUCCCGACAGAGCGCUGCGCUCAGCUAAGCUCGCCGCCCUGCAUGCUCGGCUCUACCUCUCCUCCAAAGUACCUCUCCAGACACUGGCGCGAUGCCUCGUAGACCCGUCGGCAGAUGCCCACCCCAAGUUCAACAACGCCAACCUUGCGUUCCUCGGAUCGACGAUACUCCAGUACCACACUUCAGAGUGGCUCAUCGCGCACUACCCACGGCUGCCGAUGGCGAUCCUCUUCGCCGCCAUGAAGGGCUACGCUGGCGUGCCCGCGCUGCACCAGAUCGGCCGGGCCUGGGGUGUCGAGCAAGCCUAUGCUCCCGGCGGUGAGGUCGACCCGGGCCUGCUUCAAUUCACCGACAAGAAGCCCACGGUCGUCAUGAACCGGUGGGGUUACGUCCGCGCCGAGGCAAAGGAGCUCCAAAAGUACAAGUGGCGCCGCGGGAUGAGCAGCAGAGUGCUGUACGAUGACGCUUUCGGCGAGGUGGUCGCGGAGGAGCAGCCAGAAACUCCCGUGGAGAACCAAGGGCUCGAGGUCAGCAGUGCCAAGAACACAAAGGAUGUUCUCGUCGAAGACCCGGCAAAGAACGCGCACGCCAACAUGGUCCGUGCUGUCAUCGGCGCCAUCUACCUACACCACGGCCGCGAUGCCGCGCACGACUUUGUCAAGGCGCACGUGCUCUCGAGGCGCCUCGACCUGUCCAAUCUCUUCGAGUUCAAGCUCCCGACCCGCGAGCUGGCGCGGCUGUGCGCACGCGAGGACUUUGAGGCACCCGUGGCCAGACUACUCAACGAGACUGGUCGCAUGAGCAGAACACCCGUCUUCGUCGUCGGCAUCUUCAGCGGCCGUGAUAAGCUUGGCGAGGGCACCGGCCCGAGCCUCGACUCCGCCAGGGUUGCCGCCUCUAUCAACGCGCUCAAGUCGUGGUAUCUCUACAGCCCCGGCGAUCGCGUGCCUGUGCCCAGUGACACCUUCCUCGAGGACGCUGCGCCAUGGAAACCUGCCUAUGUCGACAUUGGCGAGAUAAUAUCAUGA